AUGCCGCAUGAGUCGACAUCUGCGUCCCCAAGACACGCCGUAGUGCUACCUACUCGCUCGUCUGCACCACUCACUCAACGUGCUCUGCCGCAACGCGAUGUGUCCGAAGAGACCAUUGUCGACGCCUAUGCUGCCUUCAUCCUGUAUUGUAAUCCGUAUUUCCCGUUGGACAUUGAUACCUCUGAUUUGAAACGCAUCUUCCAAACGCCACCGCGUAGUGAUGGCAAAGACUUCAGUAUAUUCACAUUGUGGCAGCUUGUUCAAAGGUUCGACAGUAAGGAGAUCAAGACAUGGACUCAGCUAGCACUGGAGUUGGGCGUCGAGCCCCCUUCAGCAGAGAGAGGUGGUAGUGUUCAGAAAGUACAACAGUACUCUGUCAGACUAAAGCGCUGGAUGCGUGCAAUGCAUGUCGACGCCUUCUUCGAGUAUCUGCUUGGGAAGAAGCACUCUUACUACCUGGAUCUGCCUCCACCACACGACCCUCAUCCCGCGAGAGGUCGAGAUGGUGUUCCAGCUGAAGAGGAUCUUGCCAUCAGAGCAUUGGAUCCGUCUUUCCGUCCCAAGAGAGGUCGCAAGCGAAACGAGACUCCAGAGAAAGAUCCGGCUCCUCCUAAGAAGCCUCUACUAACUACGUCCUUUUCCUACGAGGGGAGAGUUCUUUAUGCCCAGCCGCAGGCAUCUUACACUGCAGCUGCAAUUCCAUUGAGCGCCAGACCUGCAGAAAAUCACGAGAGUGACAUGUGGCAAUCUACAAAUGCGGCCUCGAGGCGACCGAUCCCACAUUCCGCAAUAGCUGCCCGACCACCACAACAUAUUCAUUGGCUAGGUGGAGAAUCUCAUGAGACGGCUACGACUCCUCAUCCCAUGUCAGCACUUGAGCCCAGAGCACCAGGUUUGUCAGCAUACGACGAGCCCAUGUCGGCCAUUACCCCCGGAUCGUCUCGCGCCCGAUCUCGUAGAAAACAUGGUCCUGCAGUGUCUUCCGCCUGGACAAGCGCCAAUGCCAACAACGCCAGAGCUCGAGGCAGACCUCCUGGCAAUCGAUCGAUCCAGGAUGGCCCGUAUACCACGUUCCCGGCAGAUCCGAACGCUGAGGUGUCAGCUUCACAAAGAAGCACUCCAGCCGUAUCUUUGAUGACUUAUGAUACCGAACCACACCUUCUGCGUCCCAACGCCUAUACGAAACCACUGCACAAACCUGUAUUUAUGAUGUCCAAACCGGUAGAUGAUGAUGCUCCUCCACGACGACAGCGCGGACGUCUUUCUUUGCAAGUACCAGAAAACACCGGGGGACCAAUCCAACUUACUACACCAUCAGUGCUUGCAAAUGAGCCGUUCGACCAAACAUCAGAAGGUCUGGUGCCCAUGGACACUGAGCCUACAGCUUCUGGUUGGCUUGAAUCGCGAACCCGGCCUGCUUCACAAACUCCUGCCACGCGUCAGAAUCAUGACUCGGAGCCCGAGGUGGGCCUUGCAUACGAGGCUCUCAAGCGAGUCCUCGCCGCUGACCUCCUCCGUGCAGAUCUAUCCGGCAGGAAAGGCAGAUUGUUGGGUCCUGAAGCGGUGCGCCUGUCCGAUGCCAUUCUUCAGCGCUUCGGCGUUCCCAAAGCAGAUUCGGACAACAAGAGAGACGAUGCUCUUCGUAUCGCGGCAACGAGCUGGCUCGGUGUAUCGCGACAGCUUGGCUUCGAUUCUGCAACGCCGUGCAAAGAAAAGGAGAUCACCGUGCAGAGGUUCGCGAUCCGAGACGAUGGUAUUGAGGAACUCAUCGGACCAGAUGAACAUGCACAGAGGGUCAAAGAAAAGUUUGACGUCAGUUGGUCCGCUGGGUUUGGUGGAGUAGGAGGCAAGUUUUGUGCAGUCGGACUCGAGAUCGGGCAGGAAGAGGUGGAUCCGAACGAUGCAGAAGCUCGAGCGCAGGAUAUGAUCAAGGAAGUCGCCAGAAUGCCGGAGUCAGAGAUUGACUACAAGCAAAAGUACAUGGCGCUGGAUUUUACGGUCAGGCUUAUGAAGGGACAGCUGAACAGACUACAAGACAAGGUGCUAGACGCUUUGCUGUAA